CGUCAGUAUCCAAGACCCAGCGCUUGCAGUAUAAUACUGGAGUGUGCAUCCUUGGCUGACUCUUGACCGACUUUGAGGCACAGGAAACUUGAAAGAAAAUUCUGUGGAGAAUCUUCAAGAGAAAAAACUUCAGGAUCUGUCAUAGGAGCUUUCCCACUGGCUGACUCUAGAAGAAAUGACCAGUCCAAUAACUGGUAGUCAGGAUGAUUUUGUGAAUCUUCAAGGGGAAGUAUAUGGAGAGCCUGAACUAGAUCUCCUCACUUGUCAAAAGGAGCGAGAAGCCUCUUCUCAUACUUGCAGAAAGAACAGUGCAGUGACUCUUCAAAGUCAUGAUUUCAAAAACACUGAAAGUGAAAAAUAUUUGUCUUUGAAAGCUCGAAGCCAAAUGGCCACACAAGACUCUUCAGCAAAGGCCUGUAAGAAUGAGCCUCAGGAUGCUCAGGAAAGCAAACAUCUCUAUGUAACUGAAGAAAGCACUGAGAGCAAAGUGAUAAGGGGGGGAAAUUCUCCCACGGACCACUGUUCAGAGAACCUUCAAGUUAAACCUGUGUCUGAUAUAACAGAACUGGACUUAGCAUUGUCCAGUGGUGAAGCAACUUGCCAGAAUGGCCAGUUGAAAGAAUCUUUGGAUCCCUUUGACCAUAACUGCAAAGACAUUUGUGGAUGGAAAUCACAGUUGGUCGGUUGUAGUCAGCAGGGAGUUUGUACAGAGGAGAAACCAUGUAACUGUAAUGACAAUGGGGAAUUACUUAACACCAGCCAAGGUGCUCAUCCAUGUGAGGAAAUCUACAAAUGUGGACAGCAUGGUAAGGACUUCAGUCAAAGCUCAAAGCUGCUGCUUCAUCAGAGAGACCAAACAGAAGAAAAACCAUACAAAUGUGAGCAGUGUGGGAAGGGCUUCACCAGGAGCUCGAGUCUUCUUAUCCAUCAAGCAGUCCACACAGAUGAGAAACCUUACAAGUGCGACAAGUGUGGGAAGGGCUUCACUAGGAGCUCAAGUCUGCUUAUCCAUCAUGCAGUCCAUACAGGUGAGAAACCUUAUAAAUGUGACAAGUGUGGGAAGGGCUUUAGUCAGAGCUCCAAACUGCACAUCCACCAGCGAGUGCACACUGGAGAGAAGCCCUAUGAGUGUGGAGAGUGCGGUAUGAGCUUCAGUCAACGCUCAAACCUGCACAUCCACCAGCGUGUCCACACAGGAGAGAGGCCCUACAAGUGUGCUGAGUGUGGGAAGGGCUUCAGUCAGAGCUCAAACCUCCACAUUCAUCGGUGCAUCCACACAGGAGAGAAGCCGUACCAGUGCUACGAGUGUGGGAAGGGCUUCAGCCAGAGCUCAGAUCUUCGCAUCCAUCUCAGAGUCCACACUGGAGAGAAGCCCUAUCACUGUGGCAAGUGUGGGAAGGGAUUUAGCCAGAGUUCCAAACUCCUCAUCCACCAGAGGGUGCACACUGGAGAGAAGCCCUAUGAAUGUAGCAAGUGUGGAAAAGGAUUCAGCCAGAGCUCCAACCUGCACAUUCACCAGCGGGUUCACAAGAAAGAUCCCCAUUAAAAGGCAUGUACUACUCAGGUCUUCAGAGUAUUCAUACUGUUCAAACUGUCACUUUUUUUUUUUUUUUUUUUGACAGAGCCUCAAGCUGUUGCCCUGGGUAGAGUGCUGUGGCAUCACAGCUCACAGCAAUCUCCAACUCCUGGGCUCAAGCGAGUCUCCUGUCUCCACCUCCCAUGUAGCUGGUACUACAGGCACCUGCCACAACGCCCGGCUAUUUUUUGGUUGACGUCAUCAUUGUUGUUUGGCGGACCCAGGCUGGAUUCGAACCUGCCAGCUCAAGUGUAUGUGGCUGGCACCUUAGCCGCUUUAGCCACAGGCGCCGAACCAAAACUGUCACAUAUUUUUAACAUCACUCUUACCUUUGUAUUCUACAGACGAGGGAGAUGAAAAGGGUUAUUCAGAUGUAUUUUCUCACUGAAAAAUCAUUCAUUCAUUUAAAAUAUUUAAGUAUCAAGCACUUGUUAUGCUGUUGCAGAGAGAUGAGGCCCAAUGCAGAGAAAGAGCACGCAAACACCAUGUUUAUAAGAGGAAGGGCCAGCAGAAUGAAAGGCAUAAACAAAUUAAAAUGUCCAUGCUCCCCACCUGGCUUGGUCUUUCCCUUUUUAUCUCCAGUCAAAAAGUUCCAAUCACGGGUACCUUUCUCACUGGUCAGUUUGAAUCAAGCAGGAGCAGCUGUUCCAGCCCCCACAGAAUACAGGAUUUUACAAAAAUGGAAAUU